AUGAGAAAUCUUCACAAACUCUUACUGGCACCCGUCUCCAAGAACGUCUUCAAGAUUGGCAACAGGACAACAGACAUGGAAGAGAAGUGUAUCAACAAGUUCAUUUCUCAGUUCUCCAGAUUCAACUGUCUCCAGCACCUCUCCUUCAGGAGGGUCUACUUUCUCAGAAACCGCAUCAAACGGGUCCUCAGGUGCCUGAUGACCCCAUUGGAGACCCUGUCCAUCACUUACUGUGACAUUUUACAGUCAGACCUGAAUUACUUCUCUGAGUGUCUGAACCUCUUUCAGCUGAAACAUCUGGACAUGAAAGGUGUGGUUUUAGAGGCUUUGGAUCUCAUGCCUCUCCGAGUCCUCCUAGAGAAUGUGGCAGACACUUUGCAGUCCCUGGACAUGAAGUGUUGUAGGAUGAAGGACUCUCAUCUCGCUGUGCUCAUACCUGCCCUCAGCAAGUGCUCCCAGCUGGCCAAGGUCAUUUUCUAUUGCAAUGACUUCUCCAUGCCCAUCCUGAGGAACCUUUUGCAGCACACAGCCAACUGGAGCAAGAUAAAUGUGGAACAGUACCCUGCCCCUCUUGAGUGCUAUGACAACUUUGGUUAUGUCUCCACAGAGAGAUUUACCCAACUUUGUGCUGAGCAAAUAGAUAGACUCAGGGCCAUAAGGUGGCCCAAGAGCAUCUCCUUUGCUACACAUAUGUGCCCUAGAUGUGGAGAGCGCUGUGUCUAUGGCCGAAGAUUCAGACCUUGUCUUUGCCAGAGGAGGCGGCAAUAA